AGCCCAGCCCGGCGCGGCGUCGCCACGGCAACUGGCGGCCGCUUGGUCCAUCAAGAAAAGUGGUCCCCGGCGCCGACCCAGAAGGGCUACGGGAGCCGGGUGGCUUUACCUGGAGGAAAGCGGCUCCUAAGAGGUGGCUGCUGCCCCGGCUGGCACUUUCGCUCUGUCACUGCCACAACCCGCUCGUUGACCGCUGUCGGGCGGCAGGAGACUGCCGUCGAGAGGGGAACGUUCUCGGAGGCAUCGGUGCUCGCAGGGGACGGCUCUUGCUGCUGCUCCCGGAAGACUCAGGCGGGAGACGUGUCGUUGCGGUACCGGCGGUGCCGCCAUGGCGGAGCGGAGCCGGCUGGAGCAGCUGGAGCGGCGUGUGCGGGAGCUGGAGGAGGAGUUGGCUCGGGAGAAGGGCGGGCGGGCCGCGCCGCGGGCUCGCAUCGAGAGCAUGAGCCCAGAGGUGACGGACUCCAACCCCUACAGUCGCUUGAUGGCAUUAAAAAGAAUGGGAAUUGUCAAAGACUACGAGAAAAUCCGUACCUUUACGGUUGCCGUAGUAGGUGUAGGCGGGGUUGGCAGUGUGACUGCUGAGAUGUUGACAAGAUGUGGCAUUGGUAAGCUGCUUCUGUUUGAUUAUGACAAAGUGGAACUGGCAAACAUGAACAGACUCUUCUUCCAACCUCAUCAAGCUGGAUUAAGUAAAGUGCGAGCAGCAGAGCAUACUUUGAGGAAUAUUAAUCCUGAUGUUCAAUUUGAAGUACAUAACUACAACAUCACAACACUGGACAACUUUGAACACUUCAUGGAUAGAAUAAGUAAUGGUGCACUAGAGGAAGGGAAGCCUGUUGAUCUUGUUUUAAGCUGUGUGGACAACUUUGAAGCUCGCAUGGCAAUUAACACGGCCUGCAAUGAACUUGGACAGAUCUGGAUGGAAUCUGGAGUGAGUGAAAAUGCAGUGUCAGGACACAUACAGCUGAUCAUACCUGGUGAAUCUGCUUGUUUUGCGUGUGCUCCUCCGCUUGUAGUUGCUGCAAAUAUUGAUGAGAAAACAUUAAAACGAGAAGGAGUGUGUGCAGCCAGUCUUCCUACAACUAUGGGGGUUGUGGCAGGAAUGCUUGUACAAAACGUUCUGAAAUACCUGUUAAAUUUUGGUACCGUGAGUUAUUAUCUUGGUUAUAAUGCAAUGCAAGAUUUCUUCCCAACUAUGUCUAUGAAGCCAAAUCCACAAUGUAGUGACCAAAAUUGCAGAAAACAGCAAGAAAAUUAUAAGAAAAAAGAAGCUGCACAACCAAAACAAGAAGUAAUUGAACAAGAAGAAGAAAUAGUACAUGAAGAUAAUGACUGGGGCAUCGAGUUAGUAUCUGAAAUGUCAGAAGAUGAGCUGAAGGCUGCAUCUGGCCCAGUACCUGAGCUUCCUGAGGGAAUUACAGUAGCAUAUACUAUCCCAAACAAGGAAGAAAAUUUGAUUACUGAAGAAACAGUAGCUGAGUCUGAAGAAAGCCUAGAAGAACUCAUGGCCAAAAUGAGAAACAUGUAGCAAAAUCAAUAUUAAGUACAAAUUUGGGGGGUUUUGAUUGACAUUGGAUUUUGAGAAGACCAGACUUUUUUUUUUUUUUUUCUAACUUUUCUGAUAAAAUGGAACUGUUACAGUGGCAGGAAGGACAGGAAGGAAGCAGACUCACCUGGUUUAUAUUCUGGUAUCUAUUCAUAUCUUUAAUAUAGGAGUUGUGCCACUAUGAGUUUUAAUUUCUCAGCAUUGCCAGCAUCCAGUGGAAAGUAAAGGAGGGUGGAUAAACUAACAAAUGAAGGCAUAGCACAUUACAUGCAAUAUCAUGUGGUGAGAAUAUUUGGUAUUAUAGGGCUGAUUGAAUAGGUCAAGGGUAGCUGAUGGUGCCUUACACUGCUGCUUCUGAUUUUCAAGGCACUUGUACUUGUUCAUUGAGCUCUGUCAAUUCUUGGCAUAGAUUGUGCUGUGGCUACUUUUUCUGAGUAAAUGGAACAUUUCAGCCUUUUUGUUUGCCUUAAAUAUCUGUGAUGGAUUUUUAAAAUUUGUUUAAUUUUCCUGGUUUUACAAAUGUUUUACUACUGCUUGUUCUUAAAUAGCUGCCUGUUCAUUUUGUAUGUGAUAAUGUUUUGAGUAUGCCAAGUCUUCUGUUAUUAUACCAGGAGACUGGCUAUUACCUGUCAUGAUUUCAGCUGGCAGAUGCUUUUCAUGACAAAGUCUGUAAGAAUUACCAGCAACACUGCAAAAAACAGAAGAUUUUGUCCAUCUCCAUAAAAAUUUAUUGUAUUUUUGUUGAUUAAUCAAAGUUUAGCUAUAAUUCUGAUCCAUCCCUAUCAUAUGGGCUCUAUUAAGGAACACAAUCUGAGUCUGCAUGGAAAAGCUUCUAAAAUUAGGUGCUCUAGAAUUAGGUUUAGUGUUGCAGGUAUUUUCCAUGAAGUAGCUGAGCUAUUGUAUUUUUAUUGUAUAAAAUGCUAGUACAGUCAUACUACCUUUUAAAUUAUCAUUUAACAUCUUUGGUGGCGACAUGGACAGUGGAAUGGAAUGUACCCUCAGCAAGUCUCAGCAAGUCUGCUGAUGACACCAAACUGUGGGGUGAAGUCAACACACUGGAGAGAAUGGAUGCCAUCCAGAAAGACCUUGACAGGCUUGAGAAGUGGGCUUGUGCAAACUGCAUGAAGUUCAGCAAGGCCAAGUGCAAGGUUCUGCACUGGGCUGAGGCAAUCCCAUGCAUGAAUACAGGUUGGGAGGAAAAAGGAUUGAGGACAGCUUGGAGAAGGACAUAGCAGGAGAGGUGGUGGACCAAAAGCUCAGCAUGAGCCAUCAAUGUGUGCUAGCAGCCCAGAAAGCCAACUGUGUCCUGGGCUGCAUCAAAAGAAGCACAGACUUCAAGGGAAGUGAUUCUCCCCCUCUACUCUUGUGACACCCCACCUGGAGUGCUGUGUCCUGCUGUAGAGUCUCUAGGAUGAGAAGGCUCCUUGAACAUGUCGAGAGACAGUGAAAGGAUCAGAGGGCUGGAGCACCUCCCCUAGGAAGACAGGCUGUAAAGUUGGGGUUGUUCAGCCUAGAGAAGUAGAGGCUUCAAGGUGACCUUGUAGUUACUUCCCAAUAUCUGAAGGGGGCCUACAAGAAAGCUGGGGUAGGGCUUUUUUGCAGAGGUGUGUAGCAAGAGGACAAGAAAUGGUUUCAAACUUGAAGAAGGGAGAUUUAGGUUAGACAUGAGAAAAAAAUUUUUACUUGUGAGGGUGGUGAGGCACUGGCACAGGUUGCUCAGGGAAGUUGUGGCUGCUUCCUCUCUGGAAGUGUUCAGGGCCAGGUUGGAUGGGGCCUUGAGCAACCUGAUCUAGUGGGAGGUGUCCCUGCCCAUGCAGGGGGUUGGAACUGGAUGGUCUUUAAGGUCCCUUCCAACCCAAACCAUUCUACCAGGGUAGAAUGUGGGUAAUCAUGUGUUAAAUUAUCACUACAUCACUGCAGAACUGGAAGUAUCAAUUUAAAUCAAGAUUAACUACUCUGGGUGUCUGAUCCAGAACUUGAUCCUUACUUAAAUCUGGCUUAGAAAAAUGUACAUUUCAAACUUCAUACUAUAAUACAAAUAUUUCCAACUUAGGCUUUUCAGAAAGCCUUUCCACAGCAUGAUGUAGCCAACACUGAACCAGCUAGUGAGGGUAGUAGCAGCAUCCAACCAACAUGUAAAAAUACAGUAAUAUAGUGGAGGUGCUUCUGCUUCUUAGGGCAGCUGACUGAAUAUGUAGUUUAAAAAUGUUUCAUUUCUAAGCAAUGGUUACAAACUUAAGACUGUUUCCUGAGUAGCUGAUAUUUAUUUAUAUUACUAACAAAAAUAAACUGAAAUUAGUGAGGAAGGUUCUGAGUGGGUUUUGUGUGUAGGGCAUUAUACAGUAAAAUGUAUUUUAUUUUUUUUAAUGGAGUUCAGUUGUGGAGAAACCAGAAUUCAGAAAUGAACUGUAAAAAAGGGAAAAGAAAAAUGAGAACAUUAAAAAAGUACAUACUUGGAUGUGUCACUAAGUCUAUGUUAGCUUUAUCCAUAUGUCAAUUUAAUUGUUAUUUACAUUUCUUUGUGGCUUUACCUCUCUGUUGGGAACAAUAAAAGUGAAGCACAUGCCUGGCUCUGGAGAUCCCGAAGCAAAUGAUUGACUCGUUUCUGCAACAGCUCUGUUAAUGGUCACUCUUAACUAUUUGGCUGACAUGGCUGCUAUCACGACUGACAAAGGCAACUGUUUACCAUUUUAUUUCAUUUACAGUUUUAUGAGCAAAUCAAUACACUUUUAUAUGCCCACUUACGGAGUAUGCAAAACGGUUCUUGUAUUACUUUCAGACUUUAAACUUGUUUAUAAAGAAUUUGAAUUAGUUGGAAAAUGUUAAGAUGAUUGUAUGUGCUAAUGGUUACAAUUACUUAAAAAUAAACAGUAUC